AACUCUCUUCCGUUCCUUGCUUGCUGGAGAGAGAGCACUCCGCCGGGGGUCGGUGAAGAGACGUAAGCUGUACUGAGGAAGGAAGGAAGGAAGGAAGGAAGGAAGGAAGGAAGGAAGGAAGGAGAGAGACCGGCAUUUGACAACUUUGAUCGAUAGGAAGUGUUUCUGGUGCUGGAGAGGGAACCCAGGACUCUGUCCAUGCCAGUAUCCCAAGAUGGCUGGGCGUAAACUUGCUCUAAAAACCAUUGAUUGGGUAUCUUUUGUGGAGGUCAUGCCCCAAAACCAGAAGGCAAUUGGAAAUGCCCUGAAGUCCUGGAAUGAGACCUUCCACGCCAGGUUGGCUAGUCUGUCUGAGAAACCACCUGCGAUUGACUGGGCUUACUACAGGGCCAAUGUGGCCAAGCCUGGCUUGGUGGAUGAUUUUGAAAAGAAGUAUAAUGCCCUGAAGAUUCCUGUGCCUGAGGAUAAAUACACAGCCCUGGUGGACCAGGAGGAGAAGGAGGAUGUGAAGAGCUGUGCUGAGUUUGUGUCUGGAUCCCAGCUCAGGAUCCAGGAGUAUGAGAAGCAGCUGGAGAAAAUGAGGAACAUAAUUCCCUUUGACCAGAUGACCAUUGAUGACUUGAAUGAGAUCUUCCCAGAAACCAAGCUGGACAAAAAGAAGUACCCGUACUGGCCCCACCAGCCCAUCGAGAACCUGUGAAGCAGCCUGGGACGGAGCCCCGGCCGACAUGAAAUAAAACAUUUAAAUAGUGCUGGC